AUGGACAGGAUAUCGGCGGGCAAAACUGAUUCAUUUUUCUUGGUGGCAUUGUUAAUUUUCCAAUACUUUGCUUGUACGUCUAAGGCAAGUAUCAGUCUCGGAACCUGUCAGCUUUCAUGUGAUGAGAACGAAAACCAGCUCCCUUCUAGCGUAAGAGGUCCACCUGGACCACCGGGAAAGCGAGGUCCAGUAGGAAACCGCGGAUUAGUUGGACCGAAAGGAUCACCAAGUAGUUGCUGCGAAGAUCUUGUUGAACGAAACAAACAGCUUGAACGUCAAGUUCAGGAGUUAAAUGAACGGAUGUUUCCACGGGACUGUGCAGCCGUGAAGAAUCACGUGAUAUCAAGUGGAACUUACAUGAUUCAUCCGUUCAAUGAAACUAAACAAGGAGUCCAAGUGUAUUGUGAUCGAGAAACUGAUGGAGGCGGUUGGAUUGUAAUACAGAGAAGACUUGACGGAACUGAAGAUUUUUACCGUAACUGGAAUGACUAUGUCUCAGGUUUCGGUUACAAAGAACGAGAAUUCUGGCUAGGACUGGAGACGAUGCAUAGAAUAUCCACCAAUGGUCCUCAUGAGAUUCGAUUCGACUUUAUCACAAGAGACAACAAAAAAUUAUUCGCAAAAUACGGACAAUUUCAAAUUUCUGGAGCAGAAGACAAUUAUCGAAUAACAAUUACCGGAUAUUCAGGAAAUGCAGGCGAUUCAAUGCCGCACCAUAACAAUAACCAAUUUUCAACGAAGGAUCAAGAAAACGACCACUACCCAGGAGGAAGUUGCGCUGAAGAGUUCAAAGGGGGGUGGUGGUACAAUAAUUGCCACCUCGCUAACUUAAAUGGUUUAUACGCGGACACGACAUCGACCAAGGGUUUAUCCUGGUUUAGGUGGAAAAAUUCAUACGCUCCAUUUGCAAAAUUUGUAGAAAUGAAGAUCAGGAAACGCAGAGACUAAACAACGUGCCAAAUUUUAAAUAGUGUGAAAUAAUAUAGUUCUCGUCAUCUAUCCUACAAUCAAAUAAACAUAUGCCUUAUCGAUUUGUAAAAUUUGGCCUGAUAUGUGUUUUUAUGAGUGUCAAAAGUAUCAUGUUUGCGCAAAGUGGAAUAAUAACAAAAUUAUAAAAAAAUGAAAAAAAAAACUGUAUACAUUUAUAGUGUCAGUAUAUUACUUUCUUUUGAGUCUUGUCAUAUAAUGCUAUUCAUUCACAUCAUUCGAGUUUUUUGUAAUAAGGGUAGUACAGAUAGAUGAGUUUCAUAUUAAUGCACUGUCAGGUCUACUAUAUAUACAUGUUAAAAGUUUUCUCGCUUAUUAUAACAAACCGAGUGAACAUAAUGUAAAAUAUUUUUCAUUUGUUGCAUGGAGCGCAAUUUUGUUCUGACUAAAAGAUAAUCAUAACAAGAGUUCUAAGAUUUGGGUGUUCCAAAAUUUAAGUUAUAUAUACUCAAUAGUAUGUAUAUUCGUCUAUUCCAUAAAUUGAAUCAAAGUUGAAUCUCUUUUUGGUGAAUAUAGUCAUGUGUUAAUUUUUGC